AUUGGCGAGGUCCGCCCCUUUGCCGGGAGUUAAGGAUGCCCGCGGCCGACCCGUUGGGACCCACGAGGUCAUGCCGCUGUGAGUGUGGAGGUCGCCCCCCACCAAGGCGUCAAAGCCCGAGCGGACGUAGGGGCCUGGACUCGCCUUUGCUGCCCAGAGGGGCGGAGAGGCCGAGCCACUGGUUCAGACCCUCCGGCGUGGGCGGGGGGGCAGAGAGCCAUUUUUCGGGCUCUUUUUCUUUUCAGCAUCCUAGAGAAAAGGUAAAAUAUGAAACAAAAUACAGUAACGUCAAAAAAGGUAUUGCAGUGAUUCCAGGGAAGGAAAAGGUAGGGUUGAGCAAACUUUUUUUACAUGCUUGUUAAACCCAAAAGGCAGUAACUUAAAAAAUAUUCUCUCUCGGUGGGAAGGACUAAUUAGAUCGUCGGUUUCUAAAUAACCAGUAACAGUUCCAAUUAGGUUGGUGAAAGUAUUAGACUGAGAGUCAAGGCGAAGUCCUGAUGUCUGAGAACUCGCUGUAAGUUGGGGAAGUCGCUAACAUAACUGUGUUAAAUGAAAUACUGCUUUUCUAUUUCACAAGUACUGUUUUUUGUUUUGAAAAGUCACUUAUAUUGAAGUAUAGUUGUUCAGAGCACUUAACGUCUGAAGUCCAUUCACCUGUUACAGAAAGGUAAAUCUGGGUAAAUCCCUGCGGAUCCAAAAAAUGGGGGGAGAAGUUUAUGUUUCAUUGACUUUUCUGCAUCACACAUGGCACAUCUUUACUUUUGUUUCAAAACCGUGGUUGACCAGUGAAGUAUAUAGUUCUGUUGGUGAUUAGGAGCAAGUUAGAUUGGUAGAUUUUCAGAAACCUGGGUAAGAGCCUCUUGAGACAACAUUUUAUUUUACUUAAACGAGGCAGACAUCUUGGAAGUCUUGUUAUUUAAAAAAAUGUCUAUGCGUUAUAGCAAGAAAGCGGGACAAAACAUUAGCCAUGUGAGAACUCCCUACCUGCUGGUUUAAGGACUGUUGUUUCAGGGGUUGGGGCGAGUAAUUGUCGAAGCAUGGCUUUUUGUAAACCACAAGCUUCUCGACUGGUUAACAGACGGCUCACAGUAAAACAGUCAGCUGCCUGCUUUGUAAAUUGCAUCAGGAGUUUUCAGAUUUUCCCGAGAGGGGCUGCUUCUCUGGGGAGUGGUGUCCAGAAAGAGGCCAAGUUUCUGCCCACCACCCCCCCCCCCCAUCCCCCUGGGGUUUACCAGGAGUCUGCUCAUCUUCAGGUGCCGUAUAGCCCUUGAGUAUUUGUGAGUUAGUAAUAUUUUGUGCAUGUGUGUGAGUAUGUGUGCGUGCGCCGAGGUAUAAAAUAACCAGAGGCGCAGUCAGACGAAAAGAUAAUGCAUUUCCCCCUAAAGAUUACAUUUACCUUCUUCCAAAUGUCCUGAGAAAGAAAAGGGUAACAGUAAUUCAAAUAUUUUCAAGUCCUCUAUGUUGCAGGCUUUCCCUCUACAAAGAGUACCUCCCUUACUGUGGCUCAAAGUCUCAUUUUCUUACUUUUAAGGCACAAUGUCCAUGAUUAAGGACACAAACCCUUUUUUAUCUGCCCCCAUUUUUCUUGAGAUUUUGAGCGACUGAUAUUCACAAUUUGCUCGAAUUGCAAAUGCAUCCCUUCAUGAACCUUGUGAGGGAAAUCUGCGUUAGUAAUGCAAAGUUAAAAUUGUGCGUGAGUAGAAUACUCAUUUCCAAAUAGAAUGCCAUGAGCCUUUCCUAAUGAAGCUAAUUUGACACGACCGUUUUUGUUGUUUUCUCACAGGUUUAGGAAACCACGCUUUUUUGGUAGUGUUUUCCGUAUUGCAUAUUUGAAACGUCAGUUAUCACCUUUGGCAGUCCACAAAGGGAGUUUUCCACUUGAUGGAUUGUGUUGCAGAUGAAAUGUAGCUGGUCACCUGCUAUAGUUUCGUUCAUAUUUUUACCUUAUUUAUUUAUUUAUUUAUUUAUUUUAAGGUUUUUUUCUUUCCCUGUUGAAAGUUCUAGGACAGGCUAGCCAGUUUCUUUUCUAGCGAUCACUAAGUGGGUUGUUUUCAUAUUUGAAAGUCGGAAGUUAGAACAGAUGCCUAUUUCAAGGCCCCUUUCGGAUUCUUCAAGACUCAGCGAAUGAUUCCAAGAAAUAGACUGAACGUGGUGUCUUUUUCUCUCUCCCUUUUACAUUUGCAUAUAGAAUGGAUGAUAAGCCCUGUGAUGUCAGAGCCGCAGCUAUAAGGAUGAGCUGGCUUUCACCUGCUAUCAGUAAUCACACUGCAUUUGCUUUUUCAUCUACCAGCUGGCUAACUUGGUCUUUAAUGGGUUGCACGAGCUAAGCUGUUAGAGGCUGUCUGAACCAGUCAUAGUCAUGGGCUUAUUUUUCUUUUUACAAGCAGAAUGUGUAACUCUGUGAAGCAAACUCUACUUCCUAACUCUGGUUACAUUACCUCUUCUAAGGAGGUCGGUCAUUUUAAACUCGGAAGAAUCUCUUGGUUUUUAAAACAUUCUCACUGACUUGAUUCAAAGAUAACUUUCUUCUAAAAAUUUCAGAUUUCAACAGGGAUACUAAACCUCUAUGUAGGUUUGGACCUAUUUUGUGUAAUUUUUUUUUUUUUUAGAACAAACUAAACAAUCACUUUGUUCUCCUUACCAAAGACUGUUGAGUCAUUCUAUAUCUACUUUGAAUGCAUGUAAUAGGGCAGUUGAAAAUAUGUUGCAAACAAUUGGUUUUAUAGUGACCAAAAAAAAAAAAAAAAAAAAAAGCAACGUCCUUGAGGAAGGUUAUCCAACAUAUUGCCUGGUUGUCUCUGAUGUUUACCCGGGCUUAGGAAGUUCUGCAAAGCAGGAACAAAUAACGAAGUAAGUACCUUCUGUGGUGCUUUAAACUGAGAUGUGUAUGUGAGCGGGCAUAAGAGUGGAGAGAAAGUGAAAGAAACUCUUCGCACUUGGGUGUUAAACGCAAAGCUCACUGGCGUUAGGUCCAGUUGCGUGGUCAGGAGUUGAUGGGAUAUCAAGUAAACAUCACCUUGCAGAGUGCUUGUCAUUGUGGACAGGAGAGGAAGGACCUGUGAAACAACACAUAACGUUACUAGGAAUUUGUUAUUAGCAAUGGUUGAAAGCAUUAAAAGCAUCUGUUGCAUUGCUUUAAAUAAUUAAUAGAACGGGAUAGUCCAUUCCAUCCCACUGGUCUUAGGAUACUAGUGAGGCUUGUAAGGAAUGACAAGAUCCGCCAAAUGCUUUCCAGGAUCACUGUUGAUUCCUCACACACUUGGGUGCCUUGGAAAUUGCAUGCUGCUGAUGGAAUUACUGGAUUUUAUACCAGAUUGAGGGAGGGGAAGGAAACGGGAGGAAUGGGGUAAUUGAGGGAGGGAUUGAAAGGAAAGCCUCCGGCUUAGCAUCUGGGACUGCAGGGGGGUUUCAUUAAGGAAAUGGUUCCAUUGAGUCUGCUGAAGAUAGUGGACUAGAUUUCCUGCAUUGCUGCUGGGGCGGAUGUGGGGGGAUGUCAAGAAUUCCUGGGGAUUUCCCAUCAGUCUCGGAUCUAGUUCAGGUUCGAAAUUAAAAGGUCCUGAACUGAGUUUAAAAGGCUCCCAGCACAUCAUGCAAGCAGGCCAGACACUGUAUCUCAAAUGUAGAGGGGAAGCAGCCCAUUCAUGGUCUUUGCCUGAAACAGUGAGAAAGGAAAGCAAAAGGCUGAGCAUAACUAAAUCUGCCUGUGGAAGGAAUGAUAAACAGUUCUGCAGUACUUUGACCUUGAACAUGGCUCAAGCAAACCACACUGGCUUCUAUAGCUGCAAAUAUCUAUCUACACCCACUUCAAAGAAGAAGAAAACAGAAUCUACAAUCUAUAUAUUUAUUAAUGAUACAGAUAGACCUUUCUUAGAGAUGCACAGUGAAAUACCUGAAAUUAUAUAUAUGACUGAAGGAAGGGAGGUCGUCAUCCCCUGCCGGGUCACGUCACCUAACGUCACUGUUACUUUAAAAAAGUUUCCACAUGAUACUCUGAUCCCUGAUGGAAAACGAAUAACCUGGGACAGCAGGAAGGGUUUCAUAAUAGCAAAUGCCACAUACAGAGAAAUAGGGCUUCUGGCGUGUGAAACAACAGUCAACGGACAUCUGUACAAGACAAACUAUCUUACCUAUCGCCAAACCAAUACAAUCAUAGAUGCCCAAAUAAUUACUCCAAGCCCAGUCAAGUUGCUACGAGGUCGCACUCUUACUCUCAACUGUACAACUACCACUGCCUUGAACACGAGAGUUCAAAUGACCUGGAGUUAUCCCGGUGAAGCAAAGAAGAGAGCUUCUGUAAGGCAACGAAUUGGCCGACGCAGUUCCGACGCUAAUGUGUUCUACAGUGUUCUUAUGAUAUACAAUGUGCAGAACAGAGACAAAGGGCUUUAUACUUGUCAUGUGAAGAGUGGCCCGUCAUUCAAAUCCGUUAACACCUCAGUGCACGUAUAUGAUAAAGCGUUCAUCACUGUGAAACAUCGAAAACAGCACGUGUUGGAAACAGUUGCUGGCAAGCGGUCUUACAGGCUGUCUAUGAAAGUGAAGGCAUUUCCCUCGCCAGAAGUCCUGUGGUUAAAAGAUGGGUUCCCUGUGACCGAGAAAUCGGCUCGCUAUUUGGUUCUUGGCUACUCAUUAAUCAUCAAAGAUGUUGCUGCGGAAGAUGCAGGGGAUUACACAAUCUUGCUGGCCAUAAAGCAGUCAAAUGUGUUUAAAAACCUUACCACCACCUUAAUUGUAAAUGUGAAACCCCAGAUUUAUGAAAAGGCCGUGUCGUCCUUUCCAGACCCGACCCUCUACCCCCUGGGCAGCAGACAGACCCUGACUUGUACCAUUUAUGGUGUCCCUCAACCUACAGUCAGGUGGUUCUGGCGUCCCUGUCACCAUAAUCAUUCCAAAGCAAGAUAUGACUUCUGCUCCAAUAAUGACGAGCCCCUGAUCCUGGAUCCUGACGGCAACGUAGGAAACAGGAUUGAGAGCAUCACUCAGCGCACAGCAAUAAUAGAAGGAAAGAAUAAGACGGCUAGUACCUUGGUUGUGGCGGACGCUAGGAUUUCUGGAAUCUACAGUUGCGUGGCUUCUAAUAAAGUAGGGACUGUGGAAAGAAACAUAAACUUUUAUAUCACAGACGUGCCCAACGGAUUUCACGUUAACUUGGAAAAAAUGCCGACGGAAGGAGAGGACCUGAAACUGUCUUGCACAGUUAACAAGUUCUUAUACAGAGACAUUACUUGGCUUUUGCUGCGGACAGUUAAAAACCGCACAAUGCAUCACAGUAUCAGCAAGCAAAAAAUGGCCAUCACUAAAGAAUACUCUGUUACUCUCGAUCUCACCGUCAAGAAUGCUUCCCUGGAAGAUUCAGGCACGUAUGCCUGCAGAGCCAGGAACAUAUACACAGGGGAAGAAAUCCUCCAGAAGAAAGAAGUUACAAUUAGAGAUCAGGAAGCACCACGCCUCCUGACAAGCCUCAGUGAUCGCACGGUGGCCAUCAGCAGCUCCAGCACGUUCCGCUGUCAUGUUACUGGUGUCCCAGAGCCUCAGAUAACCUGGUUUAAAAACAACCACCAAAUACAGCAGGAACCCGGAAUUAUCUUAGGACCGGGAAGCAGCACGCUGUUCCUUGAAAGAGUCACAGAAGACGACGAAGGUGCAUAUCACUGCAGAGCCACCAACCAGAAGGGGUCCGUGGAAAGUUCGGCAUACCUCACUGUUCAAGGAACCUCGGACAAGUCCAACCUGGAGCUAAUCACUCUGACGUGCACCUGUGUGGCCGCAACCCUCUUCUGGCUCCUGUUAACGCUCUUUAUCCGCAAACUGAAAAGGUCUUCCUCGGAAAUAAAGACUGACUACCUAUCGAUUAUAAUGGACCCAGACGAAGUCCCCCUGGACGAGCAGUGCGAGCGGCUCCCUUAUGAUGCCAGCAAGUGGGAGUUUGCCCGGGAGAGACUCAAACUGGGCAAGUCACUCGGAAGAGGGGCUUUUGGAAAGGUGGUUCAAGCGUCCGCAUUUGGCAUUAAGAAAUCCCCCACGUGCCGGACUGUGGCUGUAAAGAUGCUGAAAGAGGGGGCCACGGCCAGCGAGUACAAAGCUCUGAUGACUGAGCUCAAGAUCUUGACCCACAUUGGCCACCAUCUGAAUGUGGUCAACCUGCUGGGAGCCUGUACCAAGCAAGGAGGGCCUCUGAUGGUGAUCGUUGAAUACUGCAAAUACGGAAAUCUGUCCAACUACCUCAAGAGCAAACGAGACUUAUUCUUUCUCAACAAGGAUGCCGCGUUACACAUGGAGCCCAAGAAAGAAAAAAUGGAGCCAGACCCGGAGCAAGACAAGAAACCAAGACUAGAUAGUGUCACCAGCAGUGAGAGUUUCGCAAGCUCCGGGUUUCAGGAAGAUAGAAGUCUGAGUGAUGUUGAGGGAGAGGAGGAUUCCGAUGAUUUCUACAAGCAGCCCAUCACUAUGGAAGAUCUGAUUUCUUACAGUUUUCAAGUGGCCAGAGGCAUGGAGUUCUUGUCUUCCAGAAAGUGCAUUCAUCGGGACCUGGCAGCAAGAAAUAUUCUUUUAUCUGAGAACAACGUGGUGAAGAUUUGCGAUUUUGGCCUUGCCCGGGAUAUUUAUAAGAACCCCGAUUAUGUGAGAAAAGGAGACACUCGACUUCCUCUGAAAUGGAUGGCUCCCGAAUCUAUCUUCGACAAAAUCUACAGCACCAAGAGUGACGUGUGGUCUUACGGAGUGCUGCUGUGGGAAAUCUUCUCCUUAGGUGGGUCCCCGUACCCGGGCGUACAAAUGGACGAGGACUUCUGCAGCCGUCUGAAGGAAGGCAUAAGGAUGAGGGCCCCCGAAUACGCGACUCCUGAAAUCUAUCAGAUCAUGUUGGACUGCUGGCACAAAGACCCAAAAGAAAGGCCAAGAUUUGCAGAACUUGUGGAAAAACUAGGCGAUCUGCUCCAGGCAAAUGUACAACAGGAUGGGAAGGACUAUAUCCCGCUAAAUGCCAUACUGACAGGAAAUAGCGGGUUUUCAUACUCGUCUCGUGCCUUCUCUGAUGACUUCUUCAAGGAAGAUAUUUCAGCUCCACAGUUUAAUUCAGGAAGUUCUGAUAAUGUCAGAUAUGUAAAUGCUUUCAAUUUCUUAAGCUUGGAGAGAAUCAAAACCUUUGAAGAACUUUCGCCAAACGCCACCUCGAUCUUCGAUGAUUACCAGAUGGACAGUGGCUCUCUGCUGGCCUCCCCCUUGCUGAAGCGCUUCACCUGGGCUGAGAGCAAACCCAAGGCCUCACUGAAGAUUGACUUGAGAGUAACCAGUAAAAGUAAGGAGUCGGGGCUUUCUGACCUCACGCGGCCUACUGUCUGCCAUCCCAGGUGUGGCUACACCAGCAAAGGCAGGCGCAGGUUCACAUACGACAACUCCGAGCUGGAGACGAAGAUUUCGUCCUGUUCUCCUCCCCCAGACUACAACUCGGUGGUCCUAUAUUCCACCCCGCCUGUCUAGAAGUUCGACACGUAGCCUUAUUUCUAGAACCACACGAGUAUUUAUACCCCCCGAAAACUAGCUUUUGCCAGUAGGACACAUACAUACGUGUACACCUUUACCUUUCCACAGGAGCAAGCUGCCUUUUGUGAUUUUUUUUAAUAAGUGCUUCUUUUUCUUUUUGACUAACAAGAAUGUAACCCCAGAUAGAGUAAUAGUGAUAAGUAAAGAACACCACUGGUAAAGCCUCACGUUAAUUCAGUGUGUUAGAGAGACCCUUACUUCCAAGCCCAAUGACUUACCUGCUCCUGCCCCCGAGACCGCAGGGCGUUCAGUGAUUCAGGAGAUGCACCGAUCAUGCGAGGCAGCAUGGACUCCACGGGGCCAGCCACCAGCACCCUGGAACCGGGAGGCAAGGAGCCGUAAGCCGGCCCGCGCAGUGUCUCUGGGGUCCUCUAGCAGAUGCAACUUCCGGGGAAGGAGGAGGAGAAGGGAGAAAGGAAGAAGCGAGCAAGGAGGACAAAAGCACUGGAGAGAAUUGGCGCCGUCCUGUAUGGGGAGGGAGUAGGUGAGGGCUGUCCCCCAUGACACUGCAAUGGCUUCCGGACCCGGACCAAACCCGGUCCACACUGAGAACCCACCUUGGGGAGCAGACAGGACAGAGACACGAGGGGACACUUUCUGGAUUCCAGCAGGCAAGUAAAGGACAAGCAAUAUUUUUUUUGGCAACUACAAAUUUUAAAACGUUAGCUAUGGGACUGGAUCUAUGCCCAUUCCCACAUAUGGCACAUUUUAAAAUUUCUAGCACGGAGCGUGGUGCUCAGAUCUGAGCCCGGACUGCAGGCCCCUCUAGCAAUAUACACUGAAAACUCACCCUGAGCUCGGCUGGCUCCACGGGCACCAUGGCCUUGCGCUUAGAUUGCUCAGAGUAAGCUCACUGGAACGGGUUUGGUCUGUUAGGGUUACCUGUGGGGCUUUAAGCCACAUUUUAAAAAAUGUUGUCAGAUUCUAUUUUGAGUAUUAAUAUAUAAUCAAGACACUUUUUUUUUUUUUUUACACUAACCUGUUUUGUCCAGUUAGUUAUAAACGGAAGCUGAGGAGGAUGAAAACAAAGAGUCCUGCGGAGGGUUUCCUCUGUACCAAAACCAGGAUAGGUGGAGCGAAAGCGGGAUGAGCACAGUAAAAACCCCAUCUCUUUACCACCCAAACCAACUCGCGGGAACAGUUGGGGCCCAAAGGAGAGGAAGCCAAUCAGGUUUCCUUUUUCAUGGGGAUUCUACAAUCUCAUGCUGGUCUACUGGAAAGAUGUGGAAGAGUAUUAACCAAUGUUUAUUAAGCACUUUAUGCUCCUGGAGAAAAAAGGUGAUAUGUAAUUUAUGCAAGAUACUUUUAGAAUUGGGACUCAGGAUAUUAGUUAUUGAGCCAUCAGUAGGAGAAAAGCCUCUCUUCAUCUGCUUUGGCCCUUGCCUUGGGUCUGAGAAUGAUGGAAAUAGGGAGACAGGGUACAAAAGGGUGCCUACUCUUCAGGGUUUAAAGACCCUGGAACUCUCAGCAGGCUCUGAUGCUGUGUAUUUAGGACGUAUGUACCUUCUAAAGCCAGUCAAAGCUGGACAGGUUAACAGUGAAUUGCUGCUUCUGGUAGAGACGAGUGUGCUUCCCUUUAGGCAAGUAACUUAACUCUAGAACCUGAAAUAUAAUAGGAGAAUCUUUACUUCCUUCCCUGUGUGUCACAUUCCUGUGUCAAGGUUCUUAGUCUAAAGAGACGGGACAGUCAGCACAGCCCAAAAGGAAGGAAGCAGGUGCUCCAGUGGGGGUCCUGCUGGAGAAGCGUCUGGCCAGCAGAGAAGUGAGGCAGGCCUCUCCACCAGGACCCCAGUCCAGACAAAAUCAGGCCAGGGCCAGAAGAGGGGAAGAGCUUUGUUCUUCCUCGUCUUCAUGGGCACAAAAAGCACCUGUGACAGUCGGUGAUCGUAUCAAUCAGGUAACCAGAAGGAGGUUCAACAGGGAAAAGAAAAGAAGACCUCAAUCAGCUUUGCCGAUUUUCCAUAUCCGAUAAGGAUCCAGCAAUGAGUGAAAACAAAAACCUUAACUAUACGUACAGUAUCUUAAUUUUGAUAACCUAAUUAAUUCUUAAUUGUUCAAAGACCCUAGUAAGAUCAUCUUUCCAAAAGAAAAAAAAAAAAAAACUUCAGAAUUUAUGUUAAUUCAGCUGCUUCAAAGACUCGGGUUCAGAGCCUACGUGAGUCCAUUGGUCAAGAUGGUUCCAUCUAGAGUGUUAACACAGAAAGGAAAAUGGAAGCUUGCAGUCAUGAGUCCACCCAGUUGCAACGUGCUUGCCACAGACUGGUUCUUUAACCAGCACUGGAUGUUAAACACUAAAAACUGAAACACUCAUUAACCCAUGGUAUUAUUAGAACCAUUUGGCAUUGAUGACAAACAUAGUUGGCACAAUCCUUUCAGGAUUUGUGAGAGCAUGUAUGUGUAACAGUGUGGGUGGAACGGGACUGAAACCAUAUGGAAGUCUGUAUCUAGUUAAGUCUAAGAAGCGAUGCUCAGACCUUGGUUUUAGCUCGUGAAACAAAUUUGUCCAAACCCUGAAAAAAGUGUUAUGUAGGUCUUCUAGCUGUGCCUGGUUUCCCAGCCCGUAAAGAAUGUCAAACACGAACAGAUACUUGCCAGUCCCUUUUCAUUGCAAAAGGAGCGCAACUUGGACUGACAGUGGUAGUAACUGUAUGUGUAUAUACGUGUGUGUGUGUUGUGCGUGACUAUUUAAGGAAACUGGAAUUUUAAAGUUACUUUUAUACAAACAAGAAUAUAUGCUGCAGAUAUAAGUAAGACUUAAUUUGGUCCUACAUCUCUAGUCACCAUGAAUGUAUUUUGUAUGCUAUCUUCAUAUAAUAAAAUUAACUUCUGAAAACA